GAAGAAGUGAAAAGAAGUUUCACACACUAUGUUGCUCCCUGUUCUCCGUCUAUGAAUGGAAACCCAAAACACAGACAUUAAAACAGACGUGGCUUUGCCUUGUGACAUGUCAGAAGAUUUUGGUGAAGCCAGAGCUUUGCUGUGGUGGUGAUUGUUUGGUAAAGGCUUUAUAAGGACCUCACAUUUAUCGCUGCUUGGGUUGUCAUUCAUCACUCGGUCACCGGCUGAAAAGUAAUUUCCUCUUUUGAGACAUGACGUGGCUACACUCAACACUAGGCACUUGGAUCUUCGCACUUCUGGUGAUGCCAGUCAUCUGCCAGAGCGGCGAUGAUCAAGAACAGGGAUCAGGUGAUGUUCCCGAGGCUGUGUCCAUUGGCAACGCUUCCAUGUCUGAUGGAGCAGCUUGGAUCAAACCGCAUUUCCAAGCUUUGACAGAGGGAGAAGGCGGCGACUGUUAUGUCAAUUUCCACACCAGCCAAAUCGCAUCAAGGCGGUUACGAGCGUUUAGGGAGGAAGUUGCUUAUCUAAAGGCCUUACAGCAUGGGAACCAGGCAGUGGUAGAGAACCUGGUCCAAUUUGUAGGGGCAGAAAUGGGAGAUCAGCGCUAUGAGGAUGUGAUCCAAGAAAACGUUGUUGGAAUUAGGGAAGACCAUGUCAGCUGUGAGAAUGCGGUGACAAAAGCAUUAGAAGACAUGACGAGUCAGUUGGAGGGAGAUGCUCAAGCUACUUUGGCUGGUAUUCAAAAAAUAAAAGAGGAGUCGCUAGCCUUUGAAGAAAUGCUGCGUACCGCUGCUGCCAUCGCCACUCGACUGGAGAGCUCCUCGCGAACCCUGCAUGUGAAUUUGAUGGAACGGCUGAGGAAGAACAUGAGACAGCCACGUUAAGCUAAACUAAAAGAUUAAGUACGAAGACAACCAAACUGAAGGAAGAGUUGUUUGACAUUUCAAACUCAUAUUCAUCCGUGAUGUUUUGAUAACAAUGAUCUAUACGGUGACAUCACCUUAAAAAUUCCACAUCUGGACCUGGUAAACAGUGGUCCAAACAUUAAGGGACUAUUUUUUUAAUGAGUUCACGUCCUGUAUGUGAUUUAAUAGGUGCAGUUGUGACGAGACAUUCGUGUUUACAUUCUUUGCAUGAUAUGGCCGAGAGAGGAUGGAUUGAAAGUUAAACAAUGUUUUUCUUUCCAAGCCCUUGUUGGCCAUUCAUUUGUGAGCCAUAAAACUAUAAUGGCUUUCUGUACAAGGAAAUUGAAAAAAAUAAUCUUGGCAGUGAAGUGGCACAUUAGAAGAAUUUUUUUUUGCAUUGUACAGACAACCCCACAGAAACGGGCUGGCUGUCUUGGUGCUAGGGAGCAGAUGGUAAAAUGGCAGUGUGAGGGUCUGGAAAUCAGCAAGAAUGAACUCAUGUACAUUGGAGAGAGAGAAAGAUGGACAAAGUGAAAAGAAAAAUGAGAAAUAAACGUGACUUGGCGACUUGUGACUUUAUGGCAGAAGACUGUUAUUUAAAAAGUAUUUUUCAAUAUAUUAGUCCAGACACGUAUGGUCAGUUCUGGUGUGUGUAUCUUUGUGUGUAUGUGGGUAAAUGUAUUCUUAAGACAUAAAUAUAUUAACAGAAUAUAUAUAAUAAGUGUAUAUAAUUGUAAGUGUACUGUACAUACCCCUUGCAGAAUCUGUGAAAUGUUAAUGUUUCAGAAGAAUAAGAGCAUAAAAAGCAUUUUGUGUGUUUAGUUUCUGUUCUGAACAACAGACAUUUACAUAGUCCAUACGACACAAUAAUAAUUAACAUAAAAACGUUAGCAUACCUCGAUUUAAAAUAUUCAGUCAACAACUGAUUUAAUAUGCCAUUAAACUGUCUUCAGAAAAAUCCUCGGUUUCUGCACAUUCUUUGCUUUUUCAGCAUCUCUUGACCACUUUUUAGCAGUUGAUUUAUUUUUCUUUUCACA